AUGGCGGAGGAUGUGGGGAGGAGGAGGAUGCAGCAGCAGCAGCAGGAGGAUGAGCGUUUGAAGGCGGCGGCCGCGGCGGUGGAGGAGGGAGUAGGGAAGAGGAAGAGGAAGCGGGGGAGGGUGGAGUUGCGGCGGAUAGAGGACAGGACGAGCCGGCAGGUUCGCUUCUCCAAGCGGCGGAGCGGGCUCUUCAAGAAGGCCUUCGAGCUCUCCGUGCUGUGCGACGCCGAGGUUGCGCUAGUUGUCUUCUCUCCCGCCGGCCGCCUCUACGAGUUCGUCUCCUCCGACACCAGCGUUGAGCAAAUUUUUGGUCGGUGCAAGGACAUUCCCGACACGGUAAUUGAUGAUCUGAAUAUAGCAGCACGAGAUCCCAGGGGUUAUUGCAAUAUACAGUUUGAUCUGAACGAGCAGCCAGCUCCGGAGUCAGUAUCUGAACUAAAUAGCUUCGCUCAAAUGGCCUUGGAACUAGAUGUUAAAGAGAUGAGCAUGGCUGAGCUAACCCGCUUCGAGGAAAUUGUUACAGAAGCAUUGGCAGCUGUUAAGAGCAUCCGUAUUAUGAAGGUGGCUGAGCUCACCCAAACUGAGGCGAGAUUAAAGAGAGAUCCACAGAAGAAAGGGGACAACUGGUCGGGCCAAGAGUCAGGAAAAGAGUGA